CACUCCGAGGAGUCUGUUGUGCAGCAGUUGUAGACUCAGUGGACAGAGAGAGUUCUACGCCUCCAGCAGCAGGAGAAGCAGCAGGUCUUAGUGAAGUUACUCUAGUGGCAUCCGUGUACAGACUCAGACCCGGACCCACACCAGGACGUUGUGCACCAUGCCCGGAUCCUCACUCCUCUUCUCCUGCCUCUUCCUCUUCGUAGCUGGGAUUCUGCUCCUCACUCUGUCCUCUGCACAGAGGGUCAGAGUGCGAAGGCAGAACAUGAAGGUCCGGAUUAACGCCACAGGUGACACUGUUAUUCUGAAGUUUGUUCGACCCAACCCUGAUGUCAAGCUUGAGGGCUACAUACUGGGCUAUGGGUCUAGCAUGUUCUCCAAACAGUUCAUCCAGCUGCCAGAGAAUGGAGAACUUUAUGAGACAGAGAUUGAUGCCGAACCCAAGUACCUGGUUGCUGUCCAGCCAAUUCCAGCCAAUGAUGUGAAGAAACAAUGCACAGGUAAGGUGAACCUGGAGAAACCACUUCACCUGGCCAUUGGCACUGUUUCUCCUACCUCAGUGCUUCUGUCAUGGGGGAUGUAUGUGAAGACCCCCUAUGAAGGAAACAUUAUGAAAGACUGCUUGGAGGAUGGGUACUAUACAGUCCGCUACAGAGAGAGGAACAGGAAGUGGAUCUACCAGAUAUGCCCCACCAGUGAUACUGUGAUCGACAACCUGAAGCCCAACACUCCCUACGAGUUUGGUGUGCGAUCCAACAAAGAUGACCGCAGUGGGGUGUGGAGCAAGCCCAUCAUCCACAGCACCAACAGUGCAGACAAGAACCUGCAGAAGACAUAUAAGCCCAGCCGGACCAAGCCAGUGAAGCCAAUCAGUCCCCGCGUCCUCUUCCCUCCCCGGCCUGCACUGAACAACAGGACCCAGACACAGCUCCCCCCUCUGCACACAAAUCCCGCAUUUCCUGGAGCGCCAAAGACAUCAUUUGCACCUCCUCUGGUCCAGCAGGAAACUGCACUUGCUCCCAGAUCCAAUGAGCCAAAAUGGCCUCAACUUCCCUUGGAGUCUGACAGCCAUGCUAGAAAUGCAUCCUCUCAGCUAGGGGCGGUUUCUACCACCCGCCCCCCACUCCUGCCCACCCGAUCCCCUCGUGAGACCACCACUACCACCCAUCAGCCCCCCUCAGAUGGCACCAGACACAGCCUUUCUCAGACCAGGGCACCUAGCACCACUCAUAGUUCAUCGGGUAAAGGCUUUCUGAGAGACCUGAGCUUGUCUGUUCCACCCAAACUCUUCGAUUCAGUCCUUGCAGUGGACGUCCGGAACCAGACGGCUACAGGCAGAAACCCUUUCUCCCCCUCCUUUAAUGGCAUAAGACCCCCUUCUUUCCCCAGGGCCAACAACUCAACCAGGAAAUAUGGGGUGAAUGGAGAGCUUCACAAAGGAUUCUCUUUCCCCAAACCAGUCACGUGGUCCAGAGGCAGAACUGCUAAUAACUCGCUGUCUGAAGCUGUAUCUCCUGAGGGUGGUGGCGACGCUGGGCGCGCGCGCACUUCUGUCGAGGAGCGAUACUAUGGUUCUCCUGUUCGACCUCCUUCCUCCAUCAAUAAGAACACCAACCUGGUGGGCAAGCUCAGUGGCCUGGACAAGACCCUUGUCUUGAAGCAGGACAAAGGAGCCAUUCUGAAGCCAAAAACACUGCCUGUGACUGCCAAACCUGCUAAACCCAAAACAACUCCAUCCCCAGUGAACGCAACACGAUUCGAAACAUGGGAAAACUCCUCUGUCUUCAGCUCAAUUCCAACAUCCAAAGUUGAUGCUAUGGGCAAGGAACGAUUCAUUGCGCCCCAUGUGGUGUACAAGACAGACAAGAAGCCAGACGAGCCUUGCUCCAUCACCACGUCCCUCAGCUACUUCCCUGAGGAGGAGGCAGGGGAGACCAACGUCACUGCCCCACCCCGUGUGCCUCCAUCCAACCUCACCGUGGUGACUGUGGAAGGAUGUCCCUCCUUCAUCAUCCUCGACUGGGAGAAAACUGACAACGAAACCACAGAGUAUGAGGUCAUCUCCACCACGAAAGGACCUGAAGGUGAGAAGGUCUCCAUCCUCACCACCAACCAAACACACACUGCAGUGGAGAACCUUAAGCCUGAGAGCAGCUAUGAAUUCAAGGUGAAGCCAAAGAAUGAACUGGGGGAGGGGCCUCCCAGUGAGCCAGUGACCUUCAGCACAGAGUCUGCUGACCCGAGAGUAAGCGAGAAUGUUUCAGGUAAGGAUGCUAUCUGGACUCAGUUCCCCUUCAAGACAGACUCCUACUCAGAGUGCAAUGGCAAGCAGUACGUGAAGAGGACAUGGUAUCGCAAGUUUGUUGGCAUCCAGCUGUGCAACUCGCUGCGAUACAAGAUCUACCUGAGUGACUCUCUCAAUGGUAAAUUCUACAACAUUGGGGACCAGACGGGUCAUGGGGAGGAUCACUGUCAGUUUGUGGAUUCCUUCCUCGACGGCAGAACCGGCACACAGACGCCUGCAGACCAGCUCCUGUCCAGGCCAGGUUACUACAGAGCAGUGAGACAAGAGCCAGUCCAUUUUGGCCAAAUAGGAGGCAACUCCCACAUCACCUACGUGGCAUGGUAUGAGUGUGGCACACCAAUCCCAGGUAAAUGGUAGGAGCCCGAUGGAUCAUCCACACCAAAGAAGGAGGAGCAGUUCUUAUUGGCUGGGAAGUUUUUUUUGCUGUCGUUUUUCUUCCACCAAUGGUAUGGUGUUGUAUGAUACCUCAACGUCCGACACCAGAGUCCAAACCAUGUAUAAUAAUGUACAGGACAGAAGAGUCAGGGACUUUUAAUGAGCGUGUUUGUGUUAUGUAUUAACAAACCAUGCCUUGCUGUCUUAUUUAUCACUGCUAAAUUACAUGUUAAAGAGAGAGAAGAAAUAAUAGGAAAAAUAUUUCAGUGGGUUGAAGUUAUGAACAUUAAAAAAAUCUUUUGUUUAAAUGUUGGGAAGCUGGCUCCCUUAAAGUAUUUUGGUAUUUUAUGUAAUAUUAUUUAUCUAAUUUCUGGUGCCUUGUUACUGGGCGUGCCUUGCCAGUGAGUGUGAGGGACUAGGCUUUGGUUCAGUAAAUAGGGACACAUGGGUUUCUCAAGAAUGAACUCACCAAACAUUCGUAAGCAUUAAAACGAGCGAGAUAUUGUUGAAUUCCAUAUGAAUGAAUUUCAUAAGUAAAGGUACGAACGUGAAAACCUACGAUUCAUGCAGGUUGGGUAGUGCAAGAUCUUACGCCGUCUCUCGGUCUCUCGGUCUCUCGUGCGCUUCUGAGACUUCUGUGUAACAUCACAAGUCUCUUGUAUUUCAAACACAGACUCAAAUGCAUACAAUGCUAAUUCUCUUCUCUAUUUCAAUGGUAGACAGCCUACUACCGAGUUCAGAUCAUAGCAGUGACAUGUUGCAAGAGUUAGCACAAAACCACAACAUUUCUGUUAUUAGGAAAACAGCAACACAUUUUCCAGAAUUUGUAAUUAAUUAUUAUUCAUUUACUUGCUCACUCAUCUCAUCUCCACUCAUAUGCAUUACAUCCAUACAGAAAAAAAAGUAACCCUGAGUGGCAUUUUAACAAGUUUAGCAUCUUUCUUCAUAAGCUCUGCUUUAGCCAACUCAGUGGAAUCUUACACUUGCAAUUUGCACAGCAUAAAUAUAUUUAUAUGUAUAUGGAGAGAUAGUAUUUUCAUCAUUAAAUGUACGAGGAAGAAAAACUCAUAAACCAUAAUCAAGGCUGUUCUGCUCUACCGCAGUAGCCUCUGUGGCAGCAUGUGGCAUCGAAUGGUUACAACAGGAACAGUUCGCUUACAACAGGAACAGUUUUUACUAUCUUCGAGUUUUUGUACAGUAAUUCUCUGCCUUUCCCCCAGAGGACACUUGAGAGUGUGUGUGAGUCGGCAUGCAUGCACACACACAGACACACUCACACACACUCACACACACACACACUCAAUGGAAUUGUUUGUAAGAUGAAAUUGUAUUGGGUAUUUUGGACUGAAUUCCUUCAUUUCUAUGUAUUAUUUUCAAUAAUAAAAACCGGAAUUUUAGUUUUUCCUUUUGUAAUAAAACAGGAUCCUGUCCCUUU